AUGGAUUGGUUAAGGAUAAGUGUUUUAUGCCUGUGCUUUUAUUCGAGUUAUGCAGCACCACAAGGAGAAAAAGAAAUUAAAAUUAUUAGUCAGACAAACGAAAUAACAGCAGAUGGCGGUUACAAUUGGAGUUACGAUACCGAAAAUGGCAUCAAAGCCCAAGAAACGGGUACCUUAAAGAAAACCAGCGACCCCGAAAACCCGGAAGUCAUUGUAGCGCAAGGUAAUUUCGAGUACACCGACAAAGAAGGCAACAAGAUAUCCCUAACCUACGUAGCAGACGACGAAGGUGGUUUCCAACCGCAAGGGGCUCAUCUACCAACCCCACCACCCAUUCCCCCUAACAUUCAAAAAGCACUGGACUGGAUCGCUUCCCAACCAUCGACAACUGAAAGAGCUGGAAGAAGGAAAUAA